AUGGUGCAGUAUGAGACCCAGUUCAACAUGAAGGCACGUUUUGCUUCACGUUUCGUUACCUCUGAACAACACAAGAUUGAACAUUUUGUUGACGGUCUAAGGAGAGAGAUUAAAGAAUUUGUAUCAAAUCAUGAUCUUACAAGUUUUCAGAGAGCGGUUGAAUGUGCUAGACGACGAGAACAUGAACUUUCUCUUUAUGGUGAAUCCACACCCGAACCAAAGAGACAGAGAACUAAAAUAACAACUUCUGUACCUGCAAACCGACCUAAUCGAUCUUUCACCCCCAAGAAGGAGUCAGUCUCAGAGUGCUCCUCGAGCCCCAUCUCGAGCCUAUUCCAUGCAGAACUAAUACAAAUUUAUUGCAGUCAAACACACCUUGCGCAUGCCAACGAUGUGGCAAGGCGCACUCGGGACGAUGUUUCUCUGAGCCGUCCAAAAUUUCAUGUUAUUCCUGUGGUGAACUUGGGCAUAUUCGUACAAAUUGCCCAAGACGAGACCGAGCGUGUUAUACUUGUGGAGUUUAUGGACAUCGUCAGCUUAAUUAUCCAAAUGCCCAACGUGAGGAUAGUAAGGCCUCAGUACGACAAUCAAUGGUGGGGGGUUCCUCAACCCGAAAGGAGGAAGUCCAAGAGCAAAAAUGCCACUAAAGAAAGAAACAAGUUGGCCAAGGAUGUACCCGUGGUAUGUGAAUUUCAGGAUGUCUUUCCUGAUUAUUUGCCUGAUCUACCACCGGACAGGCAAGUAGAGUUUCGAAUUGAUCUUGUACCAGGUGCUGCACCUAUUGCACGGACACCCUAUCGUCUUGCCCCGGUAGAAAUGAAGGAAAUGAUGAGCCAAUUACAGGGAUUAUUGGAUAAAGAAAUUGAUCAUGCUACGCAUCUCCGACAGAUGUUGGAGUUUCUAGAGAAAUUAUAUGCCAAGUUCUCGAAAUGCGAAUUCUGGCUCAGAAAGGUACAAUUCUUAGGGCAUGUGAUCUCCGGUGAGGGUAUCUCCGUCGAUCCAUUUAAAAUUGAGGCAAUUCAGAAUUGGGAACAACCGAAGAAUGCCUCAGAGAUCCGCAGUUUUCUUGGAUUAGCGGGUUAUUACCGACGAUUCAUAAAAGACUUUUCAAAUAUUUCCGUUCCCCUUACUUCACUCACUCGCAAAGCUGUGAAGUUUGUAUGGAAUGAAGAACAAGAGAAAGCUUUUUCAGCUCUUAAAAGCUUGUUUGACGAGCGCUCUGAUUCUUGCCUUACCCGAAG